ACGACAAACCGAUUCGGACAAAAAAUUCCCGUGACAGUAAACAAAUGGUCGUCUCAGGUUAAGAGUUUCUGUCUAUUUUAACCUUUACAAAUUGGUACAGUGCAUGAGGGGCCACCAUGUUAAUUCCAGUAUUUACAAUAAAUCUCAACCAGAAGAUAUUGCCUGGACGAGUUUGUAUCGGCAAAUAUGAUGGUGCUCAUUCCUGCCUUACAGCCUCCACCACUGCUGACAAGGUGUUCAUCCAUAACUCCCAUCAGCGUCUUGGUGUGUCAGGAGGCCGCAUGUCCAUCAGCCAGAGUAGUGCUGAAGUCUCCCUCCUCAACAUUAACCAGACAGUCUCAGCACUCACGGCCGGCAGACUGUCCCCGUCUAAACAUAGCGACAUACUCGUCGUGGGAACACCAACUAACGUCCUUGCCUAUGACGUCCAAAACAAUGCGGAUGUUUUCUAUAAAGAUGUAUCUGAUGGAGCAAAUGCUAUCACAAUAGGUAAAUUAGGUCACUAUACAUCUCCUCUGGCACUUAUUGGGGGUAACUGCUCCAUCCACGGCUUUGACAGCGAGGGAAACGACCCAUUUUGGACUGUGACUGGUGAUAAUGUUUCUUCAAUUACCCUCACGGACUUUGAUGGAGAUGAUGAGAAUGAGCUCUUGGUGGGUUCUGAGGAUUUUGAGAUAAGGGUAUUCAAGCAUGAAGAGAUUCUAUUUGAAAUGUCAGAAACUGAGGCGGUGACAGCCUUGUGCCCCAUGCAAGGCUCUCGAUUUGGUUAUGCUCUUGCCAAUGGGACUGUUGGAGUGUACGAGAAGCUGGCAAGGUGGUGGAGAAUUAAGUCCAAGAACCAGGCAGUUUCAAUCUUCAGUUAUGACCUUGAUGGCGAUGGUGUUCCUGAACUGAUCACAGGCUGGAGUAAUGGCAAGAUGGAUGCUCGCAAUGAUCGUAGUGGAGAAGUUUUGUUUAAAGACAACUUUCAGUCAACUGUGGCAGGUAUUGUUCAAGGAGAUUAUCGCAUGGAUGGCAAAAAUCAGCUCAUAUGCUGCUCCAUUGAUGGUGAAGUUCGAGGCUACCAGUCUUCCUCGCCUGAGAGCCGGUACUCUAUGAUGGAUGUGAAUAUUGAGCAAGAAACAAUCAGAGAACUGAGUCAGAGGCGCCACAACCUCUUGCUGGAGCUGAAAAAUUAUGAGGAGAACCAGCGGAUGGGAUCAUCAGGAGAGAUUCUAUAUGGGAAACCUUCCACUGCUGGAGAUCAAGUUGGUGUCAUACCUGCUAAUACUCAACUUCAGACUGGAUUGGCUAUUAACAUGGGUAGUGAAGAGAAAAAUAAACCUCCCCAUGUUGAGAUUGCUCUUGCCACCACGAAUGACACUGUUAUCCGUGCUGUCAUCAUAUUUGCUGAAGGAAUCUUUGAAGGGGAGAGCCAUGUCUUCCAUCCCAGGGAAGCAGCACUCAGUAGCAAUAUAAGGAUCCCCUUGUACCCACCUAAGGAUGUUCCAGUUGAUCUCCACAUCAAGUCCAUGGUGGGAUACAAAGGGUCAUUACAUUAUCACGUGUUUGAGUUGACUCGGCAGCUGCCACGCUUCUCAAUGUACGCUCUCUGCACGGUUGCAGUCAAUCAACCUCAGGGAUUUGUCAAGUUCAAACUGAGUGAACGAGUUGCAAGGAUUGUAAUGUGGAUAAACUCAAGUUUCCUGCUCUUAGAAGACUUGCAAGCAGAUGAAGAUGGUGGACUGGACGUGUCAUUCUUGUCACUACGCUCAAGUAUGCCGCUCAUUAUUCAGGCCUCGCCUCAGUGUGAAAUCACUGUACGUACAGAUGACAUGGACUUGGCUGGUGACAUAAUGCAGGCACUCAGUAAUUAUCUGAAUUUGGAAGAUUUACAGGUGGAGGCUGACUUCCCAGUGGAACUUGAUCAACUUGGCUCAGUGCUAGAGCGAGUAGAGGAAUACCAUGCCACCCGUCAACGUCUCUCAGCAGAGAUGGCAGAUCAUUCGGGUGUUAUUCGCACCUUAGUAGUCAGAGCAGAGGAUGCCAGGCUCAUGUCUGAUAUGCAUAGUAUGCGUCAGUGGUAUGGUGAGCUGUACAACCUUAAUAAAGACCUUAUAAGUGGUUACAAAAUCCGCUGUAAUAAUCACCAAGAGCUUCUCAACUGCCUUAAGCAAGUCAACCAGACAAUACAGAAAGCUGGAAGACUUAGAACAGGGAAAUCCAAGACGGCGGUCAUAAGUGCCUGCCGCCAAGCCAUAAAGAACAACAAUGUAAACGCUCUGACUAAAAUAAUUCGUACUGGCAGUGCGUAAUAGAGCAGUGAAUGUGGCUGAUGACGGCAACAAGAGUGACGGUCUCUACUCCUUUAUGUUUUUGUUAUUAUUCCCGUUUCUCAUCAGUUCUCAGGCAAGACUUACUGUAUCUAUAACCACAGUUGUUAUUUGUAUGUAUCUAGUCAGUUGUCCCAAGUAUUACGUAGGUACAAUAUUGAUAAGGAGCUUUUGUGUCAGAGAACAUCGUUGUAGAUAUGUAAUGAUGACAAAUGUUUAUGAAUAAGGAGAUUAAGGUUAAGUGUUGAGGAAAUAUGAUGAGACAGAAAGUUGACCUCAUGUUGAUUCUUACAUAAAAUUUCAGUUGUUACAGUUUUAUGAGCUGUAACAACAUGAUUUACAGUAUUUCACAUUUGUUGGGAUAUUAUAUGCAUUACAGUAUAUGAAGCAGCAUCAUCUGUUAGAACUGAGGAAAGAAAAUAUGUGGUGAAAGAGAUGGAAGGAAUAGAAAGGGAACAAUAAUGCAUAACUGAAGAAAACAAAAAAAAUAAGUUGAUGGAAAAAUAGUAAUUAUUAUAAGGAUUGUGGUGAGGUGGUACCAAGUGGAGAUGCUGCCUCAGAGAAGUACCAUUUCUAGGAGAAGGAGUUCAGUAUCUCCUUUAUUUUUCUUAUGGUUGUGAUUAUAAAGUCAGCCAAACUAGUCAGUCUACAAUGUAUCCAACUCAGAGAACUCAGUAUGUAAAAAUUUAUUGUUUAUUUUAUCAGGAUUAGCGUAAGUCUAAGAGGGUUUACAGUACAGUACAAUACUCUGUCCAAAACAAGAAUGAUGAAGUGGUCCAAAGAGAUGAGCUGUAAUCACAGUCAUUAUAGAAUAUUAUGAAUCGGUAACCCCACACCAGAUCUGCUCAGUGAGAUAUGUGAAUUUUAAAUUGAUUAGUUUUGCAUUACAACUGUGUGUGAAAAGUGUAAAUUUUUUUGUAUUUAUCUUAGUGCCAUUAAGAGUGUGUCUGUAUAGUUACUUUGUUAUACUUUGAGUACAGUAAUGAGAGAAACUGUGAGGUUGAUGCUACUAUGAAAUUGUAAUAUAAACAUCUGUGAUAAUUUAUUAAUUAGGCUAGUCAUAUAUUUACAGGUAUACAGUACAGUACUAAUUUUUAAGUAAACACAACCAUUUAUCAGUAUCCAGUGUUACUGCUUCAUUGAAAGACAAUUAUUUAAGGCACUGUUGUGAUUAAAUGCAGGAAAGCAUAAAUAAAUCCUUUCACUGCAGCUGGUACUGUAAUAGUCUCUAUGUUUUCCCUUCUCUGUGGCUGUGAAAUAUUUGGAUUCUUGCCUUCAAGUUUGCCAUGUGAGGUGUUGACCCAUAAAUAUUAGUGGUGAUACUAUCCAAUGAAAUCCCACCAUGUGUUGCCUUACAUGAGUCGACUGUUAAACACCUUCUGUGUGGUAGUCUCACUCUAGGUGUUGCAGACUCCUGUGUGAGAGCUUUAUGUGGCAGCAGAGGCAAGGGAAAUAAUCCACAUUUUAUGGUUUGACUGAAUAGCAUUAAGUUUGAUGAAUUAUAUCAUCUACUUACACAGUGAUGCGUAAUAAUAUAUAUUGGUGUAUAAUAAACGAGAAAUAACAUAAUAAAACAAAAAAGUUUUGUGUACAUGUACUCAUGCAUCUGGCAGCACAGUUUAACUAAUUUCAGCAGAUUCCAUACACUGUGUUGUAGUGUAUAAAUAAUUUUAUUCCUAUUUAAAUAUUUUAGUAGUCAGCGAUAUAAGUUCUAGUCACUGUUGUGGUGAAAAUAAAAGAUAUGUUUUAAUUUCCCCAAGUCUACUGUACAGGAGGUGGGUAUCAGUUGUUAAGCUUACUGCAGUGAAUGAGUUAAAGCGGCAAAAUCAAUUGACUGAAACCUCACCAUGGUAACUCUAAGUCAAAUGGGACAUAGCAUGAUUAAAUGUGUAAUUUUUUAAUUCUCCAUCCAAAUACAGUAAAACUCCUAAAUGGAGCAAAGUUGGGUGCCAUAUGCCUGACAGACCAUUAAAGACAGUGCAGUAAAGCACACUAUGUUAAGCCUUUGGUACAUAAGGAGGCACCUUGGCCAGCACUGCAUAUAAAUACCAUCAUUUCCCCAACUGUAAAAGUGGGUGCUGUAGCUAAUAAGAGCUGGGUGAACUGGGGGCUGCUCUGGGUGUGAAUCAACAACCUUAAUGCCAGGAGGCGAGUGUUGUACCACUCAGCUGCUGCGCCCUUAAAAUACCCGGAACAGAAUCAUUGGAAAUUAAAGGUUAUAUGGCUCCAGGUGCUCAAGAGAGAGAUUUUAAGACUAUCCCUAAACUGAAAACUUGAAGAGGGUUUUACAUUCUGGUUGGAUGACAUGACAUGAAUAAAAAUAAGUCAUUUAACAAAACAGUGAUGGAUGAUUGAUGUAGCCAGUAGCGGGCUGCUUGCUGACCAGUCACUUAAGCACACCUUAAAAAGUGUUUAUUGAAAGUCUAUGGGGAGAUGGGUUUUAAGUUAUGAAAUUUGAUUUAUGGACAACUUUUCAGGAACGUAACCCCUCUAUAACUCGACGAAGGAAGGCCUGUACAGUAUACUAGUCAUCCAGUAGUUGGUAGUUAUAGUGCAAGUAAUUUCUUAGACUAGACAUGUAUGAUAUAUUAACAGCAUUUUAUUGUUCCUAUAACACUGGAAAAGUUUAUAACGUUAUAGACUUCUUUCUAUGGUCAGUAAACAUUCUAAAUAUAAACACCUUUACUAACAUAGAGUGAGUGUUUACUAUAUGGUAUUGUCAAGUAGACGUAGUGCAAGAAUUAGAGUUUGUCACUUUAUUCAUUAACAUAACAUUAGUAGUACAGUACUGUAUUGAAAUUGUAAUAUAGCGGGUAUUUUAUUUGUGCAUGUUUGAUAUCAUAGUUUGUUAUUACAGCAUAAUUGUCACCUUUUCUAAAGAACAAAAAAUAGAUUGUUUGUCUAUA